ACAGUAGCAAACUCACCAACCAUACACACAACAGAAAGGGGACAGGAAAAUGGCUUCGCUUAUUUGGGGACGUCCCGAGUAAACGAGAAAAGUCCAACCAUUGGGACGUUAUUUCCGGCACCCGGGCCCGGACAUUCCAGCACCGUCAUCAAAACCGGCACCACCGUACACGAGAAUCCUUUUCGGCGAACCGAACGUGGAGAUGAUGAUGACACAGUGCGUGGUUUAUUAGAUUGUCACAGCCGUCUGUUGUUCUUUCUUGUCGCUUCUCUGCUUUUGCUGACCGUACCGGAUGGUGCUCGGGGCAAUGGUACGGGCGAACCAACUGGAGCCGUCCGCACGGUAAUGGAUCUGAUGGAGGUGAUGCUGAAUCGGGACAUUCUGGAUAUGCUGCAAAACGGUGGCUUCGACUUCCGGCAGCCGGCUCGCAUCUUCCUUCCGCCCAAGUUUUACUCCAUCGUGCCGUACGACCAGGGCCACCAAAGCCCGGACCAGAUACUGGGCGGGUACGGUGGCAGUAGCCACCUUGCCGCCCCACCCGCGGUGACAAUUGCCAGUGGUGGUGCUGCCGCUGGUGGAAAAGCCACCCAACCCGAGCAGCCACCAUCUGGUGCGUCCGUGGUCGAUAAACUCGCCCGUGCCGAGCAGGGCGGUGGCAGCAGGAUCAACUUGAUUUCGUAUUCCGAUGGCAAAGUGACGACGGGCCGUGGCCGUGGUGGGCAUCCUGCGGUGACCAAUAAGGGAAGCGAAACAUUAGAGAAAAAUGUCGGUACAAAUGUGAAUGGGGCAACGAAUUUCCCGCACAGUGGCAACAGGAAGCAAACGACGCCAGCAAACGACCGGCAGCAGAGGCAACAGCAGCAGCAGCAGCAGCAGCCGUCCCUAACGACCUCGAUAACGGAUCAAACGGUGUCACAAAACGUCGGCCGCACACUUCCGACAUCCGGUCGGGUGGGGGACGGUGGUGGAAGCAGCGCGACGGAUCAGCUACGUUCGGCCCUGCCCGGUGAACCGGAUGUCGAUUAUCCGAUAUUGGGUAGCGUGCCGGCAACACAGUUCACCUGCGACAACCGUCAUCAUGGUUAUUAUGCCGACGUCGAGACACGGUGCCAAGUGUUCCGGGUGUGCGCGAACACCGAUUCGACCGGGCGUGGCUUUGCGUUCCUCUGCCCCAAUGGGACACUCUUCAAUCAGCGCCAUCUGGUGUGCGAUUGGUACAUGAACGUGCGGUGCGAGGAGAGCGAGAGCCUGUACGGUGUGAAUGAAGCGAUCGGUCGGACGGACAGCGGUAUGGGCCGGAUGUUGAUGAGUGGAGAUCGGCAGGAUAUGAUGGAUGUUGUGAUGUCGAUGGUUACCUACCCGAUGCGUUCGCUGAUGGAGCUGAUGAACGGGGUCGGUGUGAUCGAGGAGCGUGUGGGCGAGCCGGAGGUACAGGAGAGGGAGGAGAUUGAACUACCACCGACUGUGGAGGGUGAGCAGUAUGUGACGGCACCAGAAAUGGGACUAGAACCACCGUUUCAACAAGGAAGAAUACAAUACAGUCCUCAACCGGUGGUGAAUCAGUACGGCGGACCAGCGGUGAACAGCUUUGGAGCUGGUGUUAGUCUACCUGUUAGUGCUCCAAACGGCGCCGUUGGGUCGAAUGUGUACCGACCCAUGUUGGACAAUGUUUAUGUGUCAAGUCUUGGGACGCUUUCAACCGAUCCUGAUUCUGGGUUCGAUCCGCAGCGCUCCACACUACUUACCAGAACGGAAGGAUCAGUGAGAACCGUGUCCGGAGUGCCACAAGCAGAUUCGUACGGGAUUGUAAAUCAGAACCAGGCCGGAUUUUCCAAUCCCAUCGCAACGAACGUUCAAUUGGUGCGAGCAGAUCUGAUCAAAUCCUGGAACGACCAGCAGCAGCGACCAGUCCUGCCGCAACAGACGCCUCCGCUCAAACUUGCACCUGUUCCACGAAUUUCCCAGCAGUCCUACGAAAUUGCAAAGCCUCCCCGCCAGCACCAGUAUCAACAACCGCAUCCACCGACACCGAGUGCCAUCUAUCGGCAAGGAUCGAUACUACCACCGACGGGCGUUUUGCCACCAUCCACCCUAACACGCACCGUAUUGAUCGGGGCCAACAACAAGCACGGCGAUCUGCCCCCGGCCCAUCGGUUUGCUCCCGUACGGCAAGUGCUUCCGAUCCAGCGGGUAACCGUUGUACCGGAAAAUACGUACCAGCAGCAUCAGCAGCAGCAGCAGCAGCAGAACCAGCAGCACCAUCAGCAACAAUACCACCAGCAGCAACAAAGUCACACACGACCGACAAACUUUUACCACCCGGUUGGUAUUGGCUCUGGUAGCCUUUUGCCUCACAGCUCUACCUCACAGCCUACUUCUGCUGCUCAACGAACAGUUGCUCAAGUACAAGCAAACUUACCCUAUACGAUCCCCGUGGCAACACAACAGGGUGGUCCUGUGGUACAGUACCCGUACAACCAUCCUCCAUCCCACACCGCGGUGCAACAAGUACCGUCCGCGGCAAGCAAUCGGGACGGAAGUUACGCAGCUUACCAACAGCAGCAGCAGCAGCAGCAGCAGCAACUACUACAGCGCCGCAGCGAUAAUGUACCGGCGCCGGUACCAACCGCGACCAAUGUAGUUCCCCGAACGAGGCUUCAAACCAGCACGGUGCUGCAGGUAGUGCCCGCGCUAAGCUUUUACCUUAACGAUGCCGAGGAAAAGCGAGCGUUCGAUGCUGCCGUCCGGCAGGGACUGUUUGACGAGCGGAGGCGUACCGGUCGGGCCUACACGUCGUACCAGGUACCGCUGGGCAGUGUGGGACAUCUUGGGGCGCUGUCGUAGGCCGCGCGGUCGGUACUAAGAACUAAUGUAAUUUAUUGGAAGUUCGUCUCGCAAGCUCGCAAGUGCGGUGCGGCUCAAAAGGCGAUGUCUUUUUAACGGUGAACGAAGCUGUACAGCAAUGGUACAGCGCACGUUUGUGGGCUGAAUAGUACGGAUGAGAUUAUGAUAGGAUGCAUAUAAAGAGAGGAAAAUAAAGCAAAGUAAAGAAAGUAAUGAAUCGAUGUUGCUAUCAAAGGUCACAGGGGUGUGCAAGCGCUUUGAAAGCUUUUGCAUUUUGUUGUUGUUAUUUAAUGCAUUCCAUGGAAUUACUUUUCCACUGCGAUGAGAUCCAAUCAGCAGCACGAAGCGUACGAUCGCAUGAGCAAAGGAGACAAUAAAUUUGAUUCAUCGCACUAGUGCUGUGUGACGCACAGGUCGCACUCGGAGGGCUGGUCGGAAAGGAUGGUUUUAAUGAGAUUGUACCUUUUUCAAAUUGCUGUUCUAUUUCUUGAGAACUGUUUUACUGGAAAGUGUACCGCUGGCAUUCGUUUCGUUUGAUUGGUUUGGUUGGAGGAACGGUCGUGCGGGAUGCAGAAGCAAACGGCAAAAACCAGUGUGCCCUUUCAAGAGUGAUUUUAUUAUCGAUUUUUUGUUUUGCUUCCAUUCACGGGUUCACGGGACUGUGUAAAUGUAAAUUUAAGUGAUCCUUAAUGCAACGGUUCGCAUGGGCCGAUUAGUUGGAACUAGACAGAUAUUUCAAUGGAAUUUUUAAGGUUUUUUUAGGAAUUAAACCAUUUUUUUAAAUGCUUCAAUUUAACAAUUAGCCCAAUUGGAACCAAUCGGAAUG